AUGUGCGAUAAUUCUGUAGAGGGAUACGAAAUCAUCCACCAAAUAAGGCAUAAUAGUACAACAAGUCUUAAUAUUGAACAGAAGGAUAUAUCAAAUGAAGCAGCCAAAGCAAUUGCAGCAGAAUUGAAAAUAAAUUUAGCGUUAAAAAGCCUUAGUAUCACACGGAGUAUAUCGGACCAAGGGGUCAAAGCAAUUGCCGAAGCAUUGAAAGUAAAUUCAACAGUAACAAGUCUCAAUAUUGCAAGCAACAGUAUAUCGGAUGAAGCGGCGAAAGCAAUUGGAGAAGCACUGAAAAUAAAUACAACGUUAACAAGUCUCAAUAUUGCACACAGCAGUAUAUCGGAAGAAGGUACUAAAGCCAUUGCAGAAGCACUGAAAAUAAAUUCAACAUUAACAAAUCUGGAUGGAACAGGCUGCGAAAUAUCGGAAGAAGGUUGCAAAGCAUUUGCACAAGCAUUAAAAGUAAAUUCAACAUUAACAAGUCUCAAUACUGCACUCAACGGUAUAUCGGAAGGUGGUAAAGCCAUGGGAGAAGUACUGGAAAUAAAUUCAGCAUUAACAAGUCUGAAUAUGAGUUAUAGCAGUAUAUCGCCAGAGGACGCCAAAGCCCUUGCACGAGGGUUAAAAAUGAAUUUAACGUUAACAACUCUCGCUAUUGGAACCCACACUAUAACGAAAGAACUAGUUCAAGCAGUUGAAGAAGCAUUGAAAAUAAACACAACAUUAAGAAGUCUUUUUGUUGAUACGUACAGCUCUACGUUAUCUGAUGAGUUCGCAGCACUUAAAGAAAUGUUGAGGAUGAACGCAAGAUUAACUACUACUAGCAUCAAGUACAUGAUACACGGAGAUUGA